GAAGGGCUCUGAAGGGCAGAGUAUUUGGUAUUUUAUCUUUGAAGCAAUUGGGAAGGUGGAAAGUUUCCUGCAUCAGGUAGAUAGUGACGUAACCAGACCUAGGCUUUAAGAAUAUCAGUUUGGCAUACAGUGUAGAGAGCCUAGAUUUGAAAAAAGGAAGCUGGUCUGAAGACUACUAGGAAAGCUCCGAGCCCACAGAAGAUCCAGUUGGCACCCUGAGGAACACUGCUGGAUACUCCUGUUAAAGAGAAUUCUCUUUGAGCCAGUUGAUUUCUUACUUCCCUUUAAAAAUGGGAGUUGUCAGUGGAUUUAUAAAAUAUUCUAUGUUUGUCUUCAACUUCAUAUUCUGGGUAUGUGGCAGCAUAAUCCUGGGAAUAGCAAUAUAUGCACGGACCAGCAAAAUCGGUCAAGAGAUCAUUCGUGGAGAAGCAUCUGGAAUGAAUACACAUACAGCUGCAAAUCUCUUGAUAGCUGUGGGUACCAUUAUCAUGGUCCUUGGUUUCCUGGGAUGCUGUGGUGCUUUGAAGGAAAAUCGUUGCAUGCUGCUCUUGUUUUUCGUUGGAUUACUUGUGAUUGUGAUUAUUCAGAUUGUAGCAGGUGUGGUAGGACUGUCCUUCAAAACUAAGAUUGAAAAAGCUUUUAAAAAGAGUUUUGAGCAUGAAGUGAUGACUUUGAGCAAAGAUGAUCCUCAGUCUCAGACAUUUCAAAAGAACUUGGAGAAAAUGCAAAAGAAGUUUAAGUGCUGUGGCUUGAUCAGAGGAGCAGCUGACUGGGGAAAGAACUUCGACAAGUAUGGUGGAUCAUGUGAAUGUACAAGCUCUGUGCUUAAUGAUUGUGUAGACUAUCAGGGAAAACAUGUUUACAGAGAGUCAUGUGGUCAGCAUAUUAUUAAUUACCUGAAGAAAAAUAUGGUGAUUGUUGCUGGGGUUGCAUUUGGAGUGGCAGUGGUUGAGAUACUUGGCCUGAUCUUUUCUUAUGUUUUAUGGCGCCAGAUUGGUGCAAACUAAAACGGCAGGAGUUACACUGUUGCCUACCAAAUCGUCCUUUUCACAAUUUGCUCUGCUUAAAAACUAAACAAAAGAAAACUGUACAGUUUUGUCAAAUAGUAGCCGAUUUGUAAAAAUAUUCCGUUUUGCAGAAAGCAUGGAUACCUUUCGUUGUGUACCAGAUGUCUUUUAAGAGUUGUGUGACAUAGGAACAAAUGAUAUUGAUGUAUAUUUUUAUUUAGAAUAAAACACAAUUUGUUUUAA